CCGGUUUAUAGGUUUAGCAUGUUGUGAGGCGCCAUGAAUUUAUACGCUGGUGUACGAGAAAUAGUCUUAUGUUGUAUGUAUAGAGCUAUUUCUUAAGAUUAUUUGUUGUGUUUUUCUUUUUAUCACAUUAGCAUGUUGCAGAAAGUACUAUAAAGUACACCUACUAGAGUACAUACACUAAAAGUGUGCAAUAAGAGAAAAAUAUCAAAUGCCUUUGCCGAUCAUGUGUUAACCACAAUACCACAAGGACCAACCAGGGUACUCGUGAGGUUCCUAGAGCGAUAUUUUUUCUCUAUAGGUAGCCCAAGCGUUAGACCUGACACUUUGUGAUUAAGGUUGGGUUCCCUGUGUGAUGUGACCUAGGAACCAAACCGUAAACAAAAUGGCGGACGUCAACAAAGAAACCAAAGUCGAUUAAUUAAGCUUUUAAACUUCACAAAAUCCUGUUCUCUGUAUAUUUUGAAAUACCAUGACUUAAGAAGUAUCAUGGGCUCUCCUAUGACUACAUCAUCUUGAACAUUAGGAGCAAAAGUAAGGACGAUUUUUUGUUGAAAAUGGCGGCAGUUGAUAUGAUUUUGAAGACUCUGAUGUGUUCAAGAGAGUUUAGAGAAUCCAAUGAUAAGAACUGGGAUGCGGUAGCUAAAUUAAUACCAGGUUCGACGCCAAAACAGUGUUCGAUAAGAUGGAAUGAGCUUCAGUCAAUUAUGCCGAUCCAUGGCAUGGGUUCAGUGUUAACGCAGAACACUCAACAGGUGUUGUCUAAACUAUUAAAGUCUAAUCUGAUUGAGAACGAGGAAUCAAAGAAAAGUACAAAGACUAACAAGAAAACAGAAAAUGUGAAUUCAUUUCAAGCAGAAUCCACAAAAUGGUUGGACCAAGAAAAUAAUAAUGGAGAAAGAGCAGAAGAAGAAAUAGAUAGCUUAUCAAUGAAGGAUCAAGGUGAAAAUGCUGAUCAGAAAAUUCAUGAGAUUCAAUCUCGACAUUCUUCAAUAUCUUUUAAAUCUGGAAGGGGAUCAUCACUGUCACAAGGACCAAAUAUGGUUAUUCAUGUCUGUGAUGAAAGCAAGAACUUAAAACAAGACUUCACUUGUCCAAGAGAUUUGUUGAUUAAAGAAAUGAAGUACUUUGCUGAGUAUUUAUCAGUGGAAGCACAGCGCUGGGAAGAAGUAGAUAUCUCAGUACAUUGUGAUGUACAGAUUUUUGAUUGGCUAAUGAAGUAUGUUAAAAGAGGGUUAGCAGAUGAGGACGAAACACACCCUAAACUAGAACCUAAUAAUGUCAUCUCAAUACUUAUAUCCUCUGAUUUUCUAAAAAUGGAUAGUUUGGUUACAGAAUGUAUUGAGUACUGCCAUAAGAACAUGUCAGCUAUCGUCGCUACACCUUGCAAUAUGAAUUGCAUCAAUGACAAACUUGUAACCAGGAUUUCAGAUCUUUUUAACCACAAUGAGUUGGAUGAUAUUAAAGAUCGCAAAGAUAAGUUUAAAAGUAAAUUGUAUUGCAAGAAGAUAGAAGACCUCUUUGAUCCUGACAAACUGACGUUGUGCUCACCUGGUAAUGGUAGCACUUUGUACAGAUGUUCAGCAUGUAUGAAGCUACUCACAGUGGACUCAGAAAAGAAAUUCCACUGUGUCCCCAAAAGAAUGAUGAUAGAUUAUAGAGGGCGUGUUUCAUACAGUCAUAUACGUGACACUGGUUGGAAUGUUAAUGACUAUGUACAAGGAUUACGAGAAAAGCUGAAAUCUUGGAAGGAAGUUUACUGGAGAUUAUGGGGCUCCAUAAACAUUCUAUAUUGUUACCGCUGUGGUGAUUAUUUUCCAUGUUCAGAGCUGGGUCAUUGUCGUUACCAUCCUGCAUCUGUUGUAUAUAACCAGACUGAUGUAUCAGAAGUGGGUGUCUAUCCCUGUUGCCAGCAGAAAGUUCUUCGUUUUGAUACAACUGGACAACAUGUAGGCUGUAAUUAUCGUGAUCAUCGAGUAUCCAGAAACACUCCCCUCUCUACAUUUACUGUCAAAGAAACAAAUAACAGUGAAAACAAAAAGGAUGUCGGUUCUGCUGUCGAUAAAGGAAGCUCUACAGAUGCCGAUAAAAAGGAAACAGAAGAAUCAAGUUCAAAUAGUAGAAAACCAUCUUUAGACRUGGGUGUGGGUUCCACGGGUACCGACCAAUCGAAGGAAGGCGUAAAACCACGUGUUGUUAAUAAUCCAAUCGUAGUGGAUGAUCUUUAUUCUCACAGGAAUGUGGUUGAAAUACCUUUCCAGCGUUUAAUGAGUGCAAGGGCGUGUGAACUGGACAUCUUUGGUGUUGAGGAAGAUGUUCUGAUGAAGAAAACUCGAUCUGUAGAACUAAAGAAGAGCAGUGUUCUACCUGACACUAUUGACCCAAGUGAAAAAAAGACAGCAAGUGAAUCCCAGCAUUUACCACCCAUUCGUCGAAGCCGUAGCCGUGUACUACAGCGUGUUGCUAUGCGACGGUUGUCACAGAAUAAAGAAGAGGCAGAUCAAGACCAUGGUGAAGAUGAAGAUCAGCCCGAGUCUGAAGAUACGGAACCUGAAAUAAAGGGUCCUGUGAAAACCAGACCAACAAGGAAAGUGACGUCAGCAUCGAGAAAAGAUUUCAGUACGUUCAAGAGCUAUAAAUGGGAUCUUAUGAGAUCUUCACGGUGGAACCAAGAUGCACAACGCRAGGAAGACCACAAGAGAAUGACAGAACUAGUGGUUUAUCUCACCAAGCAACGACAAUCGAAUCAGACCCCAGAAAAUAACGACAAAGACAAGCAAAAACCUAAAGAGUACAUUGGUGGACUUUACUCUAAAAUUGAACACCAGUUUAAAUUAUCCCAACAAGUGGUCAACAACACAAAGAAAUCGAAAGAUUCCACUCAAAACCUAACCGUGUGGAAUCGACUGCCAGAAACAGCUCAGUUUUCACUGGRACAUAAGAACUCUUCUGCCUUCGUCAACAAGGAAAGAUUCUCAAAGUAGUGUUUAUAUUCCAAUUUCCCAUUGUAACUAUUUAUUUAUUCAACUAUUUCGUAAUGACAUAAAAAUGGACACAUUGCAACACCCAUAUCACUAUUCAUCGUUACAUAUGAAGGAGUUAAAACGCGUUUUGCUAACAUUUGUUUUUAGAAACCAUUUGCGUUAAAAACAAAAUUAAAUUAUCUCUUAGUCUAAUUGUUUUUAAUGACAGCGUCGAAUAUGUAAUGCACCUUUAAGGUAUUGUGAUGGCGAUUAAAAUAUUUGCUGAAACAAUUAAAUGUAAAAGGAGAGGAGAGGAGAGAAGAUGAGAAGACUACCUUUUCUACWCUCAAAAAUCAACCCUAAUUAAUUCAAACUCGUUAGAGCUGUGAUCCUGGGUCAUACAUGGGCUGUAAAGCGGCUGCCAGAGGCGCCUUCACAUGCUUUCAGUUCGACCCCGUUGAGCUGUGCUACUGCUGUACUUGCAGUGGUGAUUAGCGAUUAUGACAAGUUUUUUUGCUUCUUCGCCAAGAAUGAUGAAAAAAAAUGAGGAACAAAAGAAAUGCAUAGUUUCAUCGCUUUGUGUUAAUAAUAUUUUUAUAAGGAUAUCGACUAUCAUCAUUUCCCGAUUCGUUUUGUUUUCUUUUUAUAUUCUUUCCCCUCCCCCCACAGUUUCUGUCGCAAAUAAAGCCUUCACGCAAACAAUAAACAACCAAUUAAACUUUU